CGGUGCUGGGGGCAGGACUACAGCUCCCAGCCUGCCCCGGCAGCAGCCGGCAGGAGCCGGGAAGCGGAGCGGCCCCGCACGGCCAUGGCCAUGGCGUGGCGAGCGGCUCCGCGGGCGGCGGCGCGGCUGCUGCUGGGGCGCCGGGGGAUCGCGUCCUGCAUCGACCCAUCCACUGGACUCACUGAGGAUCAGAAGGAAUUCCAAAAAGUUGCCCUUGAUUUUGCUGCCAAGGAGAUGGCUCCUUACAUGGCCAAGUGGGAUGAGAAGGAAAUAUUCCCUGUGGAAACGAUGAGGAAGGCAGCCCAGCUGGGAUUUGGUGGGAUCUAUGUGAAACCAGAUGUUGGUGGCUCUGGAUUGUCACGACUUGACACCUCCAUAAUUUUUGAAGCUCUGUCAACAGGAUGUACCAGCACCACUGCUUACAUGAGCAUCCACAACAUGUGUGUUUGGAUGAUCGACACCUUUGGCAACGAGGAGCAGCGGCGCAGGUUCUGCCCAUCUCUCUGUAGCAUGGAAAAGUUUGCCUCUUACUGCCUGACUGAGCCAGGGAGUGGCAGUGAUGCAGCUUCCCUGCUGACCUCAGCUCAGAGGAAAGGGGACUCCUACAUCCUGAAUGGCUCCAAGGCCUUCAUCAGCGGGGGAGGUGACACCGAUGUGUACGUGGUCAUGUGUCGCACAGGGGGCCCAGGCCCCAAGGGCAUCUCCUGCCUCGUGCUGGAGAAGGGAAUGCCAGGGCUCAGCUUUGGCAAGAAGGAGAAGAAGGUAGGCUGGAAUUCCCAACCAACUCGAGCUGUGAUCUUUGAGGACUGCGUUGUUCCUGUGGGCAACCGGCUGGGAGCUGAAGGGCAGGGAUUCAACAUCGCCAUGCAGGGCCUCAAUGGAGGCAGAAUAAACAUUGCUUCUUGCUCGUUAGGAGCUGCUCAUGCCUCAGUUCUCCUGGCUCAGGAGCACCUCACUGUCCGCAAGCAGUUUGGGGAACCCCUUGCCAACAACCAGUACCUGCAGUUCAGGCUGGCAGAGAUGGCCACCCGGCUGGUGGCUGCGCGGCUCAUGGUGCGCAACGCGGCGCGGGCGCUGCAGGAGGGCCGGGAGGACGCAGCCGUGCUCUGCUCCAUGGCCAAGCUCUUCGCCACCGACGAGUGCUUUGGGAUCUGUAACCAGGCUCUGCAGAUGCAUGGAGGCUAUGGCUACCUGAAGGAUUACGCUGUGCAGCAGUUCGUGCGAGACAUCAGAGUGCACCAGAUCCUGGAAGGUACCAACGAGGUCAUGAGGAUGAUUGUGGCCAGGAAUCUGCUACAGGGCUGAAGCCAGGAGCCUUCAAAUCCCUCCAUCUGUUCCAGCCUGGCCUGUUUCCCUCCCCUGGGCGUGGAGAGGGGGAUGCCCCAGUGGAAACAGCCUUCCUGCCUUACCCACAGCUGGCUGGCACAGCUGCACGCCGUGCCUGGCAGAGCUGCUGUCGCCAGGCUGGCAUUGUGCAGCCAGAAAUCACAGCUGUCAAUCCAAGCCUCUGUCUCCAUACCCUGCUCCUGGCCUGCCUGCCACACGUCCUCCUUGGGAAAACAAACACCAGAGCUGCUGCUCACCUCUGAAAUGGGAACUUCAGGCAGAGGUGAGCCCAUGGGAUCACUGAAAUCUUUAUUUUGAAGGAAUUAACUGCUCACAGCACCCCUGGGAACCGAUGAUCACAGGCUCUAACCAGAGGGUUUUUAUCCCCUCCUUUAGCUAGAAGCAGUCCCUCUUUUCCCAGCAAACUUUUCCUAAUGUUUCCUAAACUUUUCCCAGCCACUGCUUGUUCUCUGUAUUCCCACCACAUCUUGGUGCUUAAUCUCAAAGAAGCAUUUGCAGCACAAAACUGCAAAUGAAAUACUAAGGUUAUGUACAGAAAUAUUGAGCUCUGUGGCCUCCAAUCAGUAAGGCUG